AGACCUCACGUGUGAAGUCAAUCAAGCCAGCCAUCGCCUUGCUCCCCAUUCGUCUGCCCCAUUUUUGGCUCUCCUCUCCCCAUUUCCAGGUAAAACCACACCCUUCCCAGUCUCUGUCUCAGAUUUGAGAGAACGAGUGAAUCAAAGAGGCAACCUCUCUCCAUAACAGGCGUGACCUGAGAUCAUACAGAACCCUAACCCCAAAUAGCCAACCAUAAUGUGGAGAAGAAUCCUCUCUUCACACCUCAAGACCCUAGCUGCUGCCGCUUCGCCUCCAACUCCUUAUUGCCGAUCUGCUCUAAUCAGAUCUUCUACACUCUCUCUAUCUGCUAACAGAUCCCUAAUUUCUCCUUCUUCCGCUUUCGUCGCUCGCCACUUCAGUUCGGAUGCAGCAAAUACUUCUGUGAAGAAGAGGGUUGAAGAUGUAAUGCCUAUUGCAACUGGACAUGAGAGAGAGGAACUUGAAGCGGAGCUUGAGGGAAGAGAUCUGCUUGAAAUAAACUAUCCUGUUGGUCCAUUCGGCACAAAGGUUGGUACAAUCUGCUCUUUAGAAAUAGAAUGAUAAUAAUUGAUUUGCAUUGCAUGCAAGUGAAAUGGGUUUUUCUGCUUAGGUCAUGUUGAAUUUUGAA